GAGUAACUUCCGCGUAGGUGUUUCGCUGUGACUGGAAGUAAAGUUCAAACCGAUCCGCCCCAUACAAUAAUGGAAAUAUUACGGCUAUGAUAUUCUACCACUUCAAAACACCGUUUUUGUCUCUCCUCCGAAGAGUGUUGUCUGAGAGAUAUUCACCACGGAACAGUACAGUUAGUUAAGUUAUUUAGCAGGCUAGCUAGCCACCGUAGCUAGCCACUCACUCCUUACUGCAGGUGUUUGUCUGUGCUACAGGGAAUGGGAGAAUGGAUUGUCUAUGUGAAAUAAUUCACUGUCUGGUUGCAUUGGCAGUGGCUGCUUUGAUCGUGGUAAGUGUUACACUUGCUACAGUAUUUGUCUAGCAGGUAAUGGUGUAUGUCAAAGUCUUGUCGUUUAUUCAGACAGGUUGCUGAACUAUCAGAAUGAGGGAGAGGGCCCUUCUGUGCGCAUCCAAUCAAUCAAUCAAUUAAUCAAUCAAUCAUAGCUUUGAAUACUAUCUAAUAUGCCUAAAUGUCUUUGUUUACAUAUUGACCAGGAGAUAGACCUCAAUGGAACCAAAACAGACCGACAUAACAAUCUAGAACCUGAUUCUUAACUCUGUUGUGAUUCUAUUUUACAGGUCCUGCUGAUAGCCCAUCUGACUGCCGGGAUGGUGGACCUGAAGCGCCAUGAGAAGGAGAAGUUCUUCCUGACCGCGACUGGAGAGAAGGAGCCCUUCCCCAGCCUUCAUGACCCCAGCUCCCUGGAGCUGUCUGUCAUAGUGCCUGCCUACAAUGAGGAGCUAAGAAGUGAGUGACGGAAGUACGGAUAGAUAGACAGACAGAUGGAUAGACAGACAGAUGGAUAGAUAGACAGACGGAUAGACGGACAGACAGAUAGACGGACAGACAGAUAGACAGACGGACGGACGGACGGACAGACGGAUAGAUAGAUAGAUGGACAGAUAGAUAGACGGACAGAUAGAUAGAUAGAUAGACGGACAGAUAGAUAGAUAGAUAGACGGACAGAUAGAUAGAUAGAUAGAUAGAUAGAUAGAUAGAUAGACGGACAGAUAGAUAGAUAGAUAGACGGACAGAUAGAUAGAUAGAUAGACGGACAGAUAGAUAGAUAGAUAGAUGGACGGACAGACAGAUAGAUAGAUAGAUGGACGGACAGAUAGAUAGAUAGACGGACAGAUAGAUAGAUAGACGGACAGAUAGAUAGAUAGAUAGAUGGACAGAUAGAUAGACAGAUAGAUAGACAGACGGGCUGAUAGACAGAUAGAUAGGUAGGUAGAUAGAUAGAUAGAUAGAUAGAUAGAUAGAUAGAUAGAUAGAUAGAUAGAUAGAUAGAUAGACAGACAGAUGGGCUGAUAGACAGAUAGAUAGACAGAUGGACAGAUGGAUAGAUAGACAGAUGGGCUGAUAGACAGACAGAUGGAUGGAUAGACGGAUAGAUGGAUGGAUAGACGGAUAGAUAGAUGGAUGGACAGAUAGAUAGAUGGUAGUGCCUGCUCAAAAUGAAGAGCUAGAAAUGGGUGGGCAGAGAGAGAGAGAGAGGGGGGGCAGACAGACAGAGAGAGAGGCACACAGACAGAGAGAGAGAGGGGCACACACACAUUUCCCCCGAACAUGUUUCCUCUUAGGAGUUAAAGGUGGAUGAGACAGUAGUAUCGUAUUCAGCGCUAGCCUUGCAACAACAGCUUGCAUUGUCUUGCAGCUAGUGACUAGCGUCAAUCUUGGCUUCAAAGGCAUUUUUUCCCUAUUUAUACCUGAUAUAGGCUGCGUGCACACAGGCAGCCCAAUAAGAUUGAAUCGUACUUCACUGGCUCGUCAGAUGUGGCAGGGCUUGCAAACUAUUAGACUACAAAGGGAAGCACAGCUGGCAAGUGUCUCAUCAACACCAUUAUCCCAGAAACCCUAGACCCACUCCAAUUUGCAUACCGCCCCAACAGAUCCACAGAUGAUGCAAUCUCUAUUGCGCUCCACACUGCCCUUUCACACCUGGACAAAAGGAACACCUAUGUGAGAAUGCUAUUCAUUGACUACAGCUCAGCGUUCAACAACAUAGUGCCCUCAAAGCUCAUGACCAAGCUAAGGAUCCUGGGACUAAACACCUCCCUCUGCAACUGGAUCCUGGACUUCCUGACGGGCCGCCCCCAGGUGGUAAGGGUAGGUAACAACACAUCCGCCACGCUGAUCCUUAACACGGGGGCCCCUCAGGGGUGCGUGCUCAGUCCCCUCCUGUACUCCCUGUUCACUCAUGACUGCAUGGCCAGGCACGACUCCAACACCAUCAUUAAGUUUGCCGAUGACACAACAGUGGUAGGCCUGAUCACCGACAACGACGAGACAGCCUAUAGGGAGGAGGUCAGAGACCUGGCCAUGUGGUGCCAGGAUAACAAUCUCUCCCUCAACGUGAUCAAGACAAAGGAGAUGAUUGUGGACUACAGGAAAAAGAAGAGGACCGAGCACACCCCCAUUCUCAUCGACGGGGCUGUGGUGGAGCAGGUUGAGAGUUUCAA